AUGGAUAUUGUAUUAGAAAUCUGUGAUUAUUAUAUGUUUGAUAGAAUAUAUGGAACAUUGUUACCAAAAGGUGGAACUAUUGAUCAAUUUAUAUCAAAUUUACCAAUAAUAAAUCAAUUAUCAUCUUAUUUACAAUUACCAAAAUCACCUAUAAUAACUUAUAAUGGAUUUAAUUCUACAAACACUAUAACUAAUCAAAUAAAUUUUAAUACAACAAAUUUAAAUUUUACAACUUUAUUUACAUAUAUUUUACAAAAAUUAUCAAAUUAUCAAAAUAAAUGUGAUAUAUAUGGUUUGAAACCAAAUUUCCUACCAUCUGGUGAUUAUUUCCAUUCAUCAUUUUUAGAAAGAUCAAAUAUUUUAAGAGAAUCAUUAAGUAUAUUAAUUGUAACAACAAUUUUUGGUUGGGUAUUGUACUUUAUAACAGCUUAUUUAAGUUAUUUAUUUGUAUUUGAUAAAAAAAUUUUUAAUCAUCCAAGAUAUUUAAAAAAUCAAAUGUCUUUAGAAAUUGAAAGAGCUGUUACUGCUAUACCUAUUAUGGUUGCUUUAACAAAUCCCUUUUUUUUAUUAGAAUUAAAUGGUUUUUCAAAAUUAUAUAUGAAUAUAAAUGAUUCAACUGGAGGUUGGAAAUUUUUAUUUGCUCAAAUUCCAAUGUUCAUAUUAUUUACUGAUUGUUUAAUUUAUUUUAUUCAUAGAUGGUUACAUUGGCCUUCAGUUUAUAAAAGAUUACAUAAACCUCAUCAUAAAUGGAUUGUUUGUACUCCUUUUGCUUCUCAUGCUUUUCAUCCAAUAGAUGGUUGGGCUCAAAGUUUACCUUAUCAUAUUUAUCCAUUAUUAUUUCCAUUACAUAAAGUAUUAUAUUUAUUUUUAUUUACAUUUGUUAAUUUUUGGACUGUUAUGAUUCAUGAUGGUAAUUAUAUGAGUAAUGAUCCAGUUGUAAAUGGUACUGCUUGUCAUACUGUUCAUCAUUUAUAUUUUAAUUAUAAUUAUGGACAAUUUACUACUUUAUGGGAUAGAAUUGGUAAUAGUUAUAGAAGACCUGAUGAUUCAUUUUUUAUAAAAGAUAAUAAUGAUUUAAAUACUAAAAAAAUGUGGAAAAAUCAAGUUGUUCAAAUGGAAGAAAUUAGAGGUGAAUUAGAAGGAAAAGUUGAUGAUAGAGAAUAUGUUGAAGAAUAA